AGGCAGCGGCUUGGCUAUGCCCCUGUCAUUGCUGAAGGCCAUGGGGCGACGGUAACCACUCACUGGUGGUGAGUGGUGGGCCGUAUGCUCGUCUGACUACAAGGGCAAUAAAAAGAAGAUCCCUUAAAGUAUUAUAAUUAAUUAAAAGUAAUUAAUUAAUAAUAAUAAUAAAAAGUCGUGCUUGAAAGUCUAAGAUAAAGACAGAAUUCAAACACCAAUCGUAGCAUUAGAUCUGUCUUUAAUAUCUAAUUUCCAAAUUAUAACCAAUCGACAUUUUUAAACAUACAAUUAUAACAAUAUCGUUAAAUUAAUACGCAAAGCAGAAAAUUUGUACCCCUUUUUACGAAAAUUGUGCGGACGGAGGAGUAUGAAAUUUCUCACACUUAUAGAGAAAGAAGUGCAGAAUGCUAAUUUUUUUUUAAAUUAUACAUAAAAAAAUAAUUAAAUCAAUAUAGAAAACAUUACACACACUACCAUGUAUUUGACUUAACACACAUAGAAUAGAUUAAUAUGUGUAACGGACGUGACGUCAGCUGUCAUGCCCUGCCGCCAGCCAAGCCGCCAAGCCAUAUUAACACGCCCCCUUCCGCCACAGCCACCGCCACCGCCGCCAGCCAAAGCCAACGAAGGGGGGAUAGUGUUAAUAAAACAAGCCAUGCCAGCCAUUUCUACCUACUUCUCUGCAUUCUUGCACAAAUAAAAGAACUUUUCGUUACGCUGCUGGUUUUUAUUGUCACAUCAUUUGCAACAAUCAGAAGUGGCAUAAAGAAAUGAAACAACGUCAUAUACACGCUCAGAUCUCUCGGUCUUCUGACAAGUUUGAAGAAGUUGAAGCUCCUAUUCCACUGGCGAGGAAGGUGUUGAAAAAUUGCUUCAGAAGGAGGUCCACAAGGCGAUACUUGAGCUACAGGAUGAAGAACCUGGAACAAUCAAAUCAAAGGGACUUCGACGUCGUCGGACCAAGAGCGCCUGCCGCCCUGUCCUUCCAUCAUUCUGGUUCACGUGGAGGGAAACUAGAAGAGCAGCAACGCGGUUACUCCACUGCGGCACUAAGAGUUUCACGGCGCUUCAUGAGAUUCACGGCUACGAGCUUCCUUCUCCCUGCCUGCGACGCUGCUGCGCGGCGAAGACAGCUACGUCAAAGUCAUCAACAUGAGCUCAGAGACCAUCAUGUGGCCGCCGGGCGAGGUCCUGCCGAGGGCCAACAGCUGCGAGGAGCCACAGCCAAACAGCCAGGAUGGCCGAAUGUAACGGACGUGACGUCAGCUGUCAUGCCCUGCCGCCAGCCAAGCCGCCAAGCCAUAUUAACACGCCCCCUUCCGCCACAGCCACCGCCACCGCCGCCAGCCAAAGCCAACGAAGGGGGGAUAGUGUUAAUAAAACAAGCCAUGCCAGCCAUUUCUACCUACUUCUCUGCAUUCUUGCACAAAUAAAAGAACUUGUCGUUA